GUUCGAAUGGCGUCAUAAAUACUCGCUGACUUUGUUUAUAUUUGCGUAAAAUAUAAUACAGUUCCGCUAAUUACGUUGUAUUUUUAGGGCGAAUGUGAGUAAAAUGUGAUUGGCGUACCAAUUGUGAAUUUGGAUAAGCGAUAAUAAUGCAUUAGAAGUCAAAAAUUCCAAAAACAAAACGAUGUCAAACAACACGGUUGGCUCGUCAGGUCCAGCUCCCGGCAAAAUACGUGGACCUGGAAGGCCCCCAAAACGUACUUGUACGUGGUGCGCUGAAAGUAAGACACCUUUGAAGUAUGUUUUGCCAACAGAAAAUGGGAAAAAAGAAUUUUGUUCUGAGACUUGCCUCUCAGAGUUCAGACAAGCGUACAGCAAAGGCGCCUGUCUGCACUGCGACAAUGUUAUUCGCGGUAAUGCUCCUUCGAGCAGUAAAAACUUUUGUUCUACGUACUGUUUAAACAAAUACCAAAAGAAGAAUGAGAAAAGGACAUCGUCGCCUCAGUCUGGCAAUGCCGCAAACGGUUCAGAAAACCAUUCGAACAAUAAUUCUACGGGAUCUUUUUAUGAUUUAUAUCAGACUUUUGACUGGAAUGAAUACAUGAAAGAGUCCAAUAGCGUAGCUGCUCCCCAAGAAAAUUUCAAACAAGCACCUGUACCUCCUGUAAAUGAAUUUAAAGUGAACAUGAAACUUGAAGCCUUAGAUCCUCGCAACUUAACCUCCACAUGCAUUGCUACAGUAGUAGGAGUGUUGGGCCCUCGAUUGAGAUUGAGACUGGAUGGUAGUGAUAACAAAAAUGAUUUCUGGCGUCUAGUGGAUGCAGGAGAUAUACAUACUGUAGGCCACUGUGAAAAGAAUGAUGGAAUGCUUCAACCACCACUUGGGUUUCGUAUGAAUGCAAGUAGCUGGCCUACAUUUUUGGUAAAGACUUUGUACAAUGCAGAAAUGGCUCCUGCGAAAGUGUUUCAACCUGAACCUGUAACUCCAAAGGCAAACUUAUUUGUUGUGGGUCAGAAGCUAGAAGCAGUUGAUAAAAAAAAUCCACAGUUGAUUUGUUGUGCUACUGUAGGAGCAGUAAAGAAUGAUCAGAUACAUGUAACAUUUGAUGGAUGGAGAGGCGCAUUUGACUAUUGGUGCAGAUAUGAUUCAAGGGACAUAUUCCCAGUAGGCUGGUGUGCCAGAGCAGGGCAUCCCUUGCAACCACCAGGUCAGAAGAGUGCUACUGCACCAUCCCGGUUUAAACUACGUCCCAGUAGUAUACCCAACCCAGCAUUACCAGAGGGUGGUUCCACGGGGUCAGGUAACUCUUCAUCUGCUUCAUCCACCCCUGCAGCGACAGUUCAACUCAGGAUUCGUGCUAGUUGUUCUGGAGGCAGCACUUUUUUACCCAGCAGUGUUUCGGGUAUUGGAAAUGCUGGGGCUGCAGAGGCUCUUGCGAAGGACUUACUCAGUGUACAUCCUGAUUCACAGAGAUUGACAAGGGCAAUUCUGACUGCAUCUAGUAGCUAUUCCAAUAUCUCUAAUGUACAGGUAACAUCAGGUAAUAAAAACUACAGUGUAAAAGUCCCGUCUGAAUUAACAAAUGAAGAAUUAAAGAACUGGCUCAAAGCAAUUUGUAAUGGCGUGGGCAGCUGUGUUGGAAUGAUAGAGAUUGACACAGGAGAGGCUGCGGGUCGGCCUUGCACCUUAUGUGGAGAAUCCACUUCAAAUGGGGUAUCAUCUGGUGUGAAAAGAAAUAACAGUGAAGAAACAGCCGGUAGUGGCAUGAACGGAACUGGUGAAAGUUCUGGUACGAAGAUGGCGCGUGUGUCGCCUGAGCGACCCGAGCCAGCGUCGUCUACGACUGGCGCGCCGCCGCCGCCUGCACCUGGCGCGCCCGUAGGAGAAUGGUCUGUCGAGGACGUCAUCGGCUUCAUCGCCGCCGCCGACCAGGCCUUGGCGGCACACGCCGACUUGUUCCGGAAGCAUGAAAUUGAUGGCAAAGCGCUACUGUUGCUGAAUUCCGAUAUGAUGAUGAAAUACAUGGGCCUUAAACUGGGGCCUGCCCUAAAGAUUUGUAAUCUAGUGUCCAAAAUAAAAAAUCGCCGACAUUAUAGCACAUAAAUACAUUUUAAUUUAUUUUCUUGGAAUAUGAAACUGUAAGUUUCUUAGGUUUUUAUGAAUUUAGUAUUUUUGCAUUUUCAAACAUAAUU